AAGAUAGUGAAAAAGAAAAAUUUUGAUAUGAAGAUUUUAAAUGAGAAGAAGGGAGAUAAAGGGAAACAGAUUAAUUGAAAAUGAGGUGUGUAGGUACAGUCACUUUUGUUGGCAAUUUAGGCGCUGUGUCACAGAAAAAAAACGUAGCUCCGGUAGUGCAAAGGGAAGUCAAGUCUUAGCUGCUAAGACUUCAGGGUAAGACGUAUGCUGACGUUUUGGGUAAGCUUCGCAAAGAGGUUAAUCCGGAUGCCAGUCACUCAAGAGAAAGAAGAAGGAAACACCCCAAAGAAGAUGGACACAAUUGGGGCGGAAACGCCAAAGCCAGAAUUACCAGAAUUAGAAAGAAAUUCUAUGAGGGGAUCGACAAUGGUCAUCAGUGUAGUUCAGGGUAAGACGUAUGCUGACGUUUCGGGUAAGCUUCGCAAGGAGGUUAACCCGGAUUCCAGUCACUCAAGAGUCGUAGUUGCAAGAGCUACGAAGAAGGGAGAUCUCCUGAUUAAAAUCGGAGGCGACUCCAAUAAAAAGACCUUCCCUGCAGAGGUUACCAAAGCGGUAGAAGGCAUAUGUAAGGUAGUCUGUGGAUCGAAGGGUAACGCUGGAGAUCCGUGACUUGGAUUGUCUUACCCAAAUAGAAAAGCUCUAGGAAGUGUUGGUAGAUGUCCUGAAGAAGCCAGGAAGCAGGAAGAGGAAAAAUUUCAGGAAUUUGAACGUAUAAAGAUAGGCUUUAUGUCGUGUCCAAUUAGGAAAAGAGUAAUGGUCACAAGGUAUCAUCAGUACCUUGAUUACUGACACAUAGGAAGAGAUUGUAAGACUGACAUAGUGCCUGCAUGCUUCAGGUGCGGAGAAGUCGAUCAUAAGUUCGUAAACUGUAAAAGAAGCCCAAGCUGCUUCCUUUGUAAGGAAAAGUAUGAAUGAAGAGUAAAAAAGUCAGAAUG